AUGCCAUUUUUAGACUACGUACUCCCAGAUACAUUGAGUCCAUUCGUCAAGAACCUUAUCAAUGGUCUUGUAGGAUUCCACCUCUUAGCUUUCGUUAUAUUUAUUAUCCUCUUGGUCAGAAGCUUUAACAAAACCCCAGAAGAUAAUUUUAGAGAAUAAUAUCAAAGCUUUGAGAAAAAGACUGCUGCAGCUAAUCCAAAGAAGAAGAACUUAAAAGAUGAUUGA